AAUUAGGAAAGCAGCAUGAAGUCCUAAAACAGAGGAUUUCCAAACAACACAAACUGUCUAAAUAUAGAAACCAAAAGAUUUUAUCCGAUCAUAUCUUUCGUGCUCCAGAAUUUCAUGCGGGGAAGAUUGGAAACCCCCAGAUUUUGAUCUUUAUGUCAUUCACAUCGAAUCCCAAGCCCACGUUCUACAUCUCCAGAUGUUCUUUUGGUAGGGUUGCGUUAGAUGAAAAAUGGGAAUUGAUGUGAAAGAUCUCGGGACAGUACUAUGGAAAAUCCUUGGAUGUUCGCUGGAUUUGACGUUAGAAUUUGCGAGAACCCAUCCAGUUUUUUCGAGUGUUUCUGUGUUUUUACUCGCAUUAUAUAUUUUCCUCCCUUCUGUUUUCUAUUUCUUGAUCUACUCUUCCCCAGUUCUUGCAUGUAUCGUUGUUUAUGCCCUAGAAAAGUUGGAAUCGAGGCGACUUGGUCAACGGAACGACGAAGAGAAGUUGCCUUCGUCAUUGGAAGUCGAGAAAUCUGUGGACGAAAAGGUUGUCGCUAGGUCUCACUUGAUACACCAGAGGAGUGUUCGACGAAAUGCCCGAAUGAAAGUCGACAAAUGGGAUUCACAUACGAGUGAUGAUGAUGAUGAUAAGGACAAAGUCAUAUUGACUUCUCUCUACAACGAUCUCCUUGGCCGUACUCCUCAUUUCGAAGAUUCUCCGAAAGGAGUUGAGAACGAUGUGGAAGACAAGGAGGAGGAUUCUCACAAGGGCGAUUCUUCCCAGAUUGUCAAAAGCUCGAGGCCUUCUUACGAUAAUUUGGGUGUUCUUGGUGUUGGAAAACAAAUUCUUUCAAGUUGUGAGACCAAGGAGGAAGAAGAAGGAAAAGAAGAUAAGGAAGUGUACGGGAAAGAAGAGAGGAGCGAACAGAAGAAUGGUGGUGAACUCAGGAUUUCAGAAAUUGAGAGUCAAAGAUUAGAGAGCCUAAUCGCGAGAAGAAAGGCAAGAAGGUUAUUCAAGCUAGCAUUAGAUCAGAAAAAUAUGACGCGUGGUGAUGAAACAGUUAGCUCAACACACAACAUUCUUCAGAUUUCAGUUCCGAAGAACAACAGAAGCUUCCUCGGAAAACACCGAGACAGGGCAUCAAAAGAUGUUAUUGGAUUGCAGAUGCCGGGUUCAGCUCCCUCUGUCUUGCUACCAGUGAGGAACCCAUUUGAUAUUCCUUAUGAUCCUCACGAGGAAAGGCCUAUACUCAAAGGUGACAGCUUUGAUCUAGAAUUUUCAGCGUUCAACCAGAAAGAUCUUUUCUUCAGCCGCCAUGAGAGCUUCUGUCGCCCUGCCCAUUUAUCCUCGGAAACCGUUCAGUACAUAGACAGUCCAGAUUCUGUUCCAGACAGUACACAUUUAGACUCGGGCAAUGAUUAUGAGGAUCGAGUUAAACAAAAACAUCUACAGGAAGGCAAAAAAGCUACAAAUGUAACUAAAAUGACAGUGGACAAGGAAGGAAGUGUUGAGAGUGGCAAAAGCAGCAUUAGAGUAACAAAGAUGAAUGAAGAAACGGAUUCAGACAAAGAAAGCAACGGCGAUUUAAGUUCUUCAGCAGACAGCGAGCCAGAAUUCAGUGUUUUGAACAGAGCUGAGCUCCGAGAAGCUAUACGCCAUUCGAUGGAGAAUUUCCCUGGUUUUCCUAUGAAUCAUCAAGCAAGAAAUAAUAUUCCGAGCCCAAUGCCUAGAGGGAUGCCACCAAGAUUCGAUGAUCAUCAUAUGUUUUAUGCAGGCAGAUGCUCAAAUUCGCACACUAGGACAUACUCCAUUGCCUCUGACCUACAGGUUGAGGUUUCAGAGCUCGGUUCGCCACCUACAACAGUUGACUGGCAUGAUGACUCGUCGAAUGGUGGGGAAUCUUACAUGUACGAUACAGAUAUUGACAGAGAAAUUGCUUAUGGGGAAGAAUUGCAUAAAAGAGGUUCGCACCAACCCGAAUCGAAACUAAGAAGUGAAACCAGAUCAGAUAAAGAGAAUAAUGGAUCAGAUUUAGAUACAGAGGAUAGGUCUGACGAACAUACAAAGAAAGCGGUUGAUGAGACAGCGGAUGACAACUCAGGGAGAUCCGAGCAUUCAUUGGUUCGUAAAAGCGUUUCAUUGUCCUCAAUAGCAGAAGAACCCGAAACUAAAUUGGACUCUGUUGACGUGGGAAAUCAGGAAGAGCUUACUGACCAGAGACAUCUGAAUUCUCUGUUUCAACCUAUCGAAAAUCUGGGAGAUUACAAAACCAAUUUGCAGGAUGUGGCACAGAUGGAAACCAAUGAUCGUGUUGAGAUCAACUCGGGGGAAGAAGAGAAAAACUUUAACUUUACUGAAGUGGCAGAUGGAGAAUGCCCAGAUACGUUAUAUAAUGAUGGAGAAAAUCGUCAUGGCUUGAAUGAUAGUCAAAAUGAUCAUGAUACAGAAGUCGUUCAGGAAAGCGGAAGCAACGAAGUCGAUGAUGGAUUGAACACCUCAAAGAUCGAUCAGAAUUUAGGACUUGUCAAGAAGGGAGACACGCCAGACGGAGAUGAUUGUGGUGGAAUGUUGGAUAACUCGGCUGAAAACAUGGAACCUGAAACUACAUUCCAACUAGAACAAGAAGCAGCAGAAGAUAAAGAGAUGAAAUUAGUGGAAUGUGCUGACGAGAUGGCGCAAAAAACAACAGAGACGGAGGAAGCUCAGAACAUUGUAAGCAUGUCUUCAGGCCAUCCUCAUGCAGACUCCCCCGAAGCAGAUGUAGUAGGAGAGACAGAACAGAAAGUGGGCAGGGAAGAGACUCAGAAUGUCCUGAAUAUUUCUCCAGGCCAUCAUCUUGUUACAAAUUUGAUUGAACAGAAGCUAGUAGAAGGGGGAGAACCAGAACUUGUUGAGGAUAAAGCACAAACAAUAGAGCAUUAGGGAACUUAGAAGGGGAGCUAGUCGACGAGAAAGAAGGAAGAUUUGUCCACCAGAAAGAGAGAAGAACCAAUGGAACAGGACAAAACUCAUUCAAAACAUCAUAAGCAUGUCUUAGAAUUUAUAGUAUUAAACUUAAUGACUAGGUUAAAAUAAAUAAGAUAAAUAAAGAUGCGUAUGCAUGUAUACACUGCAUUAAAAAAAAAAAACCUCAAGAACUUGUGUGUUUAAUUUUAAUAACGUGUUAUCAUGGUUUUUGGGUCUUUACGUAGUAUUUAAAGACCUGGAGUAAGCAAUAUAAUAUAAAUAUCGAGUUUUACGAUUCCAA